AGAUAACACGACAGAGCCAAUAUGAACUGAUUUUACCAUGCUGUAACGCCACAGAUGCUGCUCAGACCCAUCUGCACAGCAACAAAGUAAAAGGGCUAGUGGUCUCUCAUUGGUCUCUAGGUCUCUGGCCAUGGGCCAAUAGUGUUAUUUCCUCACUCAUGAAAAUGAUACAUUUUACACAAAGUUCAGACUGGGUCAUAAGUCCCCCAGAGUGUGGGAAUGGGACUAUUUUACUUAACAAACAACCGGUCCGGCAGACAUGUCCUCCAAAGAACAUGAGACACUUGCGCGACAGCCGAAAUGCACCCGGUGCCGACACCAUGGGAUCCUCGUCCCGAAGAAGGGCCACAUGAAGUACUGUCCUUUUCUCAAGUGUGAAUGCUGGAAGUGCCAUCUCAUCACACAGCGGACUCGGAUCACGGCCCUCCAGCGAAAUCCGAAGAAAGAGCUAAAUAACCCCGAAAUUAAAGAGCAGCGACCCCGCGUCCACACCGGUGUUAGCGUGGUGAAACCAGCGGCCGAUGGGACCUGUAGCGCCUCGGCCCCGGACGUAAGCGCUCGUCCGUCGGCCACAUCUGGAUUGGUGUGUCUUCCAUCGGAUGGGGCUCCGGAGCGAGCCGCCCCGGUGUGGAGCCCUCUCGAUCUCAGGACCAGACCUGCCGCGAGAGGAGAGACUGUGACUGGUUUAGACAUCGGAAAGGGGCCGCCCUUUGCUUCCAGUGAGGAAAGGCCACCUAUUAAUGCCCCUUACUUCGGUGAAUUUGGCCAGACUGCACCUCUGCCUGUUCUUCACUUCCCAUUUACGAUGUCAGGUCAUUACCCCAGCAGCUACGCACCGUGUCCGAACUUCCUGUUCAACAUGCCAUGGUUGCCACCCGUGCCUGCUGGGCUUUUCAACGACGGCCUCCGUGGACCCCUGAUGUUCCCCCACUUUCAGUCGCAUGCUGUGCAUUACCCGCCUCCACCAGAGCCUGGACCUGUUGCUGAUUGCAGGCCGGUCUUCUUCACCCUUCAGCCACCCCCAGAACUCUUCCAGGAGGAGCAGAUGUUGAGGCAGCACCCACAGCCUCCUGUGUCCAAGCACACUGAGCAAGUCAUAGAUUUGCUGGAUUAAAGCACAGUGAGCAAGAUAUUAGGGGGGACUAGAUUAUUAGAACUGGGCUAUUUCCUCCAGGUGUUCUGCAGUUUGUUGGCCAAGCUGCUGGCCAAGCCCUGUUGUUUUGUACCAAAGAACACAUUACCAUGGAUUGACAAUCGUCCUGUUCAGAUUGCAUGAAUGUUUCUGCACAUUGUUGUUCUUAAUAUAUUGAUAAAAGAUAAGUGCAUAGCAUUGUUGAUUUAUUUGUAUUUCUAGUUUUAGAAUUUGUAAUAAAUUCAAUUGCAAAUGUCAUUUAAUCAGUAAAAUAUUGAAAAUAUGUUUAUAAAUGAGCACUCUGCAGUGCAACAUACAUUUGUUCAGUGUACUUACACAAGAGUUGAUAGGCCAUUUUUUGUUGGCAUUGAGUUUUAUAAUAAAAGUUUGGUUUAUUUUUUCA